AUGGCAUCUCUUGGCUCAGCCCCCUAUGGAGCCUUGCCUCAGCUGUCUGCUCCGCAUGGCGACGCAGAGGACUGCCCUUUAUCCUGUUCAUCGCAUGGCGUCAGCCAGGCUGCAGCGACGGCAGGAAGGGCGGCUCCUGCGGCUUCGCGAGCAGCAGAGGGAGCCUGGAGAGGACGGGGAGCUGGGGGGGGCAGGGCCGAGAGAUGCGCCAGCGCCUCCAGCUGCAGCCUCUCAGGCAGCAGCAGUCAGCAGCAGCAAGAGCAGCAGCAAGAGCAGCAACAAGAGCAGCAACGAGAGCAGCAACAGUUGCAAAGGCCUUCUCACGGGAGAGAAGAAGGCAGCACGCAUGCGGUGCUGCCUCACCGUACAAAGUCGUUUUGCGUAUCCGAGGCUGACUGGGUACCGCGUGAGAACUAUGUCGAUCUCCGGUGCUUUUUCCGUGGAGGAGCCAAGACAGUUUUACUGCUCAAGAGAAUAAACAGUCCCAGAGUGACACGCGCCGCUGCGCAACUCGCGAGGUUAGCCACCAAGACGCAUGCAGCAAGCCCUAUUGGUGUCAACUAUGUUUCUUGGGAACUGCCUGAUUGGAGGGGCCUUUAG